ACCUCCUUAGUCUCUUGCUUCACUCAGCCAUGGAUAUGAUGUCGUUUCAACAAGGCGGAGGCGCUCCACGUGGAGAUGGCACUGUACCGGACAAUGGUGAAGUCAUCCACAUAUCCUCACUGGCACUCCUCAAGAUGUUGAAACACGGCCGCGCGGGUGUACCCAUGGAGGUCAUGGGGCUCAUGUUGGGCGAGUUCGUGGACGAAUACACUGUGCAGGUCGUCGACGUCUUCGCCAUGCCGCAAUCGGGUACCACCGUGUCCGUUGAGUCCGUGGAUCACGUAUUUCAAACGAAGAUGGUGGACAUGCUCAAACAAACAGGACGCCCCGAGAGUGUCGUCGGCUGGUACCACUCACAUCCCGGCUUUGGGUGCUGGCUUUCUAGCGUCGAUAUCAACACACAACAAUCUUUCGAGCAACUAAACUCCCGCUCCGUCGCCGUCGUCGUGGACCCCAUCCAAUCCGUCAAGGGCAAGGUUGUCAUUGACGCCUUCCGGCUUAUCAAUCCGCACACCGUCCUAGCUGGCCAAGAGCCGCGGCAGACGACGUCGAACAUCGGACACAUCAACAAACCCUCGAUCCAAGCGCUCAUUCAUGGCCUGAAUCGGCACUACUACUCGAUCGCCGUCAACUACCGCAAGACGGAGCUCGAGCAGGGCAUGCUUAUGAAUCUCCACAAGCGGAACUGGACCGAGGGUCUCAAGCUGCGCGAUUUCCGGCAGCAUAAGGAAUCGAACGAGAAGGCGAUAAAGUCGAUGCUGACGCUAUCAGAAGCGUACAAUAAGUCGGUGCAGGAGGAGUCGACGCUAACUCCAGAACAGCUGAAGACGCGGCACGUCGGGAAGCAGGAUCCGAAACGGCAUCUCGAGGAGGCGGUGGAGAAAGCGAUGGGCGAUCAGGUUGUACAAAACCUCGGCACGAUGCUUCUUGCAGAGCUAUGAGUCUCGCCCGAUCGUUUCCGCCGUGAUGUGUUCGUGCACUCAAGAUGUAUUCUUAUAAUGUCGACGCAGUGUUGAGUUGGCCAGCAAAAGCGAAUCUAUUAUGGGCCUUGAAUGUUCAGCUC